AUGCCCAAGCGGAGCCGUCAAACUGCCAGCUCGGCUAUUGUGCACGCCCUCGCCUCCUCCGGCGGCCCGAUUAGGGCUCUCUACCGGCCGGGGUCCGACAUCUCGACCUUUCCCGGUAAUGUCAGCGCCGUCGAGUUGGAUGUGUCCGACGAAGCGGCGGUAGUUGCUGCCCUCGAGGAUAUUGACAUCGUGAUAUCCCUAGUCGGCCACGAAGGCGUCCCCCGCCAACACCACCUCAUCAACGCCAUCCCCAAAACCUCCGUGCGGCUUUUCGUCCCCUCUGGACUAGCCGCCCGCUACGACGCCCAGGGCCUGCGCAUCCCCGUCAACCAGGUCAAGAAAGACGUCGAACUCGCAACUCAGGCAGCGGGGAUCCCGAUGACGAUCGUGCUGGUGGGCAACAUUGCCGAGUUUGCGUUGGCGACGCCCACAAGAGCCUACGUAACAGCAGCAGCAUAUGCGUCCCUCUUCGCCUCGACCCCGCUCGACCAGCUGAAAAACCGCACGCUCACGCUCUCGGAACUCCGGCCCACCGGUGACGAGAUCGCAGCCGCGCUGACGGAGCGGCAUGGGACCCGCACGCUGAGCGCGACGAAGACGAUCGAAGCGGUCGACGCGCAGAUCGAGGAGUUUCUGCGAGCGGGAAAGCCUUUUGCGUUGGCGUUCUAUUGUCGAAAGGUCUGGGGUGCGGGUUUGCAGACGGGCAUGGCAGGGGAGGACGUGUGGGAGGUGCCGGUUAUGUGA